AUGGCGCCAAGCUAUUUCAGCCGCGGACGCGGACGCGGACGACAGACAGACCGUCGCCCAGCGCGGCAAGCACAGCAGAAUACAUCCACCAGCAACGUCCGCGCGGACGGCCACAUCUCGGACUCAGAGUUCGAGAAGAAGGUUCGUGAGCAGUCCACCACGCUGCAGCUCACCUACGGCCACGCGAAAGAUAGCCCGGCAUGGCGUGAGUUUAUCGGUGUGCUUUACCGUGAGCAUGGUAGGGACAUCCCCUGGGCGAAGCAGGAAGCCAAUUCAUCCGACACGAGCCCUCUCUCCGUGGCCGACAGCAUCCAGAACGGCUUACGAGCCUUCAAUUGGGCUGAUGAUACCGAAGCGCAGCAUGCAGCAAACGGCGCUUCUGCAACAGGCGACCGUUCCGCACCUAAGGACGAGUCCACGCCAGCCAAAGAGAACGGCGAGGCUAUGCAUACCGACACACCUGCUCAGGCACCUCAGCCAGCUCAGCCGGAUCGUGUAAGCCUAACAUCUCAGGCCCCCUCGACAUCCCCUCCUCCCACCUUUGGCGGCCUGUACGCUUCUAGACACGCCGAUCCAGACUUUACCUCCGCCUCCAAGGAAGAGAAGGAAGAUCAGGCGGCCGCCGACGCAGCAAAGGAUGGAGGAAGCAAGAGCACCGGUCCAGCGAAAGUAACCCAAGCAGCAAAUGGAGCGGCGCCAAAGGUUUUCUCGUCCACUCCUGCCAUGGUUGGCGGAUUCCAUGCGUCUAUGCACGCCGACUCAAGCGUGUCAUUCUCCUCCACGAAAGAGAAGGAAGCUCAGAAGGUGGCCACCGCAGAGGAACAGAAGGAUGCACAGACUGCUGUCCAGAAGAAGUCUGCUGAGAGCUCGGAACCCACGCCUGAAGAGAAAGCCGAGAAGGAGUGGCAAGAAGUCGAAUUGCCCAAGUGGCGUCAAUUCGUGGAGCUCAAGCGCAAGGAGACCUACGAGAAGUACGGCGCGACGAUGCCGGGAUCUGCUGCCCCGGCAGUGACUCCAACUUCAGCAGCCCCGACUCCAGCUCCGGUCCAGCAAGGACGCGGUCGGGGACGUGGUUGGGGACGUGGUCGAGGCCGCGGCCGUGGAAACGGGGGCGGCAUCAGCAAUUGA